UUCUGCGUUGGAUACGGUCACCAACCACCAGGUGGCUAUCAAGAAGCUCAGCCGGCCAUUCCAGAAUGUAACGCACGCCAAGCGCGCCUACCGCGAGUUCAAACUCAUGAAACUCGUCAGCCACAAGAACAUAAUCGGCCUGCUGAACGCGUUCACGCCGCAAAAGACGCUGGACGAGUUCUCGGACGUCUACUUAGUGAUGGAGCUGAUGGACGCCAACCUUUGCCAAGUGAUCCAGCUGGAUCUGGACCACGAGCGGAUAUCCUAUCUGAUGUACCAAUGUCUGUGUGGCAUCAAACACCUCCAUAAGGCCGGCAUCAUACACAGGGACCUGAAGCCUAGCAAUAUUGUGGUUAAGACGGACUGCACGCUCAAGAUCCUGGACUUUGGUCUGGCGCGCUCUACGGGAACGUCAUUCAUGAUGACGCCCUACGUGGUGACGCGCUACUACCGCGCCCCCGAGGUGAUUCUCGGCAUGGGCUACAAGGAGAACGUGGACAUCUGGUCAAUCGGCUGUAUCAUGGGCGAGAUUAUCCGAGGUGCCGUGCUCUUCCCUGGGUCGGACCACAUCGACCAGUGGAACAAAAUCAUCGAGCAGCUGGGCACGCCGUCCCGGGAGUUCAUGGAGCGCCUACUACCCACCGUGCGAAACUAUGUGGAGAACCGGCCGCGCCACCCGGGCUACAGCUUCGAGCGCCUCUUCCCCGACAUGCUGUUCCCCGACGACAACUCAGAGAACGGCAGGACCAAACCGGCUCAGGCGCGGGACUUGCUCUCCAAGAUGCUGGUCAUUGACCCGGAGCGCCGUAUAUCGGUGGAGGAAGCGCUGCGUCAUCCCUACAUCAGCGUCUGGUACGAGGACCAGGAGGUCAACGCGCCGCCGCCGGGCCCGUACGACCACUCGGUAGACGAGCGGGAGCACACAGUGGAGCAGUGGAAAGACCUCAUCUACAAGGAGGUCAUGGACUACGAGAGCACCCACAACUCGCUGGGGGCUGCCGGUGCCGGGCCCAUGGCCGCUAAUGCCAACGUGGACCAGCCGAACGCCGCGCAGACAGCCGCCCCGCGCAGGUAGGAGGCGGCCGACUGGUGGACAAAGUGGCGCGUCAAAAUGGGCUGGUGCCAGCCGCCGUGCUGAUCGGCGGGGCCGCCCGUCCGCCAGUCGGUCCCCCGGCACCCAGCGGCGCCCGACCCGUGUCACCGCGCCGGCCCGCGCCGACAGAGACGUCCGCGGCGCCCGACCCGUGUCACCGCGCCGGCAGAGACGCCAGAGACGUACGCGGCGCGGCGGAGACGCCCGCGGCGCGACGGAGAGGUCCGCGGCGCGGUGGAGACGUCCGCGACGCGACGGAGACGUCCGCGCCGCGCAGCAGAGACGUCCGCGCCGCUAACCGCCGCCGACGGAGGAUGGCGUUACACCGCUGCUCACCCAAUGUUAGCGUUAUCUAGAGACGGCCCCACUGAUCCGUUACGUUAUCCAGACAUGGACCUUCUGAUUGUCGGUUUUUAGACGCCGGCCCGCCGCCGAAUGGGGGUGCUUUGGUGUGUCAGCGGCCGCAGCCGCAGAUUGGUUUUUCGGUGCGUGGAAUCGGUGGCCCGCAUUGGUAGAUUUUAUCGAGAUACGGCUUUUUUAUAAUAAUUAUGUGGCACGUUGUUUUAGGCCGUUACUUGUUGUAUGGUAGACCGGUGGCCGGUGGUUCUGUUGCCUGGUUUGGUAACAUUACCCGCUGUUUGGGCCCGCUUCAUAUAGGUUACGACGUCCGCCCGGCCGGUAUGUGCUGUUUUUUCCGGCGAUUGUAGCCGCGGCGUGCGUGGUAUUGACGCGUGCGUGACAGGUGUGAGAGACUGCCCGCUGUGAUCGCCGUGCGAGUGGGCGCCGCUGUCGGUCCCGGGUUCGAUUCCCGCCGCCGGCGAGUUUUCGGUCUUCCGAGGCCGAGCCGCGCUCCUGGGCGUUGUUAUGACGUCGCCUCAGGCGUUCACUCAGCUGACGACGUCCGCGCUUCUGGCGCCGUGCCAGCGACCGCUGGCGUCGUCAUGGCAACGGCCGCCGGCCUGUUGCUAUGGACGCUCAGCUGUUGGCUAGAGGUAGCCUUCAGGCCGGGCAGCGUCGUUGCCAUGACGAUUGUGGACAGCCGCGCGGUGGUCAGCUGGCGUUACCAUGGUGGCGACGCGUCCGUUGGCGUCACAGCUGAUCCGAGUCACGUGAUAUCAUCUGAGAGAGAGAGGGCUGCAUGGUGGAGGGAGAGGGGCGGGGCGGGACGCCGCGAGAGGCACCAAUAUAGACACACGGUCACG